UAAAGUAUGCUCCGGGCGAUAGCCUCCAAGGAGCCCUCAGAAUAACACAAACAGCCCUGAGAGGUGGGAUCCUGUCUCCUGACAUCCAGCGCCACAAAGAGCCACUUCAAACCAGAGGAGCACUUGUUCAAGGGCACAAUACACUGCGUCUUGUCUGCUGCUUUGAGGAUUUUUUGAGAAGAACAAACCACUAAUUUGAGGAGAAGCUGACUGGAGAAGGUUCUUUAUCAAAAAAAAAAGUUAUUAAGAUUUUCCAGGGCAUCAUGGCACUUCGGCAAGAAAAGGAGCCAAGCAUCGAGCUGUUCAUCAAGGCCGGACAUGAUGGAGAGAACGUGGGGAACUGCCCUUUCUGCCAGCGGCUGUUCAUGGUGCUGUGGCUGAAAGGAGUGAAGUUCACAGUGACCACUGUUGAUAUGAGGAAGAAGCCAGAUGAGCUGAAGGAUUUGGCCCCCGGGACGAACCCCCCGUUCCUCCUCUACAAUGGCACCCUCAAAACAGACUUCAUCAAAAUCGAGGAGUUCCUUGAACAAGCGCUGGCCCCACCCCGGUAUCCUCACCUCAGCCCACGAAACAAAGAGUCCUUUGACGUGGGUGCCGAUAUUUUUUCUAAGUUCUCUGCUUUCAUCAGGAACAGCCCUAAUAACGCCUUCCAGGAGAAAAACCUGCUGCGGGAGUUUAAGCGUCUGGAUGACUAUCUGAACUCCCCCCUCCCCGAGGAGAUCGACCACAACUCGACAGAAGCCAUCACCGUCUCCAAGAGGAAGUUUCUGGAUGGCGACCGCCUCACCCUGGCCGACUGCAACCUGCUGCCCAAACUGCACGUAAUCAGGGUUGCAGCCAAGAAAUACUGCAACUUUGACAUUCCAGCCCACUUCACAGGCGUGUGGCGAUACCUCCAGCACGCCUACGACAGGGAGGAGUUCAAGCAGACGUGUCCGGCAGACAUCGAGAUUGAGAAGGCGUACCUCAGCGUGGCAAACCAGAGGAAAUAAACUUCUCCUUUUUUUUUUUUUUUAAUUUUGGGAGUGACAUGGAUAAUGCAUGCCUGUACAAAUGCAAGAAUAGAUGUGAUCUGUAGAGGGCGUUAAGCUUACCAAACUACCCUGAAGCAGACACUUUUCCACCCUGGAAACCUUAAAAACCUCCCUGACACCCUGAAGUGAAAUCUUGUAUGUACUGAUGGUUUGAGUCCCUCUCAGACUAGAAACAAAAGGCCAAAUGUGCAAUUGACAGUUAAUCAUUUCCCAUCCUUAUUAUUAUUUCAAUAUUUCAAGUCAUUGUUAAUAGUGUAAAUACUGAUAAUGAUUCAUUCUUUCUAGAAUUAAAACACCCAUGCUGAAAUGUAUAUGACCACGUCAGAAAGCAGCAGCUGCAGAAAACUGUUUAUUUUAAGUGUCAGAAAAGCACUCCUGCAUCCGACUCUGUAUAAAUCAAGCCUGAUGUGAUGAAAUGAUCUUGCUGUCACACUAAUAAAAACCUAAAUUAAUCUUCA